AUGCUAAGAAUCCAAACUUCCCUGAGUACUUGGAGCCAGGAAAGAAGCAUGAAGUGGCUUGUGCUCCUCGGGCUGGUGGCCUUCUCAGAGUGCAUAGUCAAAAUACCUCUAACGAAAGUGAACAUCAUGCGAGAAACCCUCGGUGAAAAAGGCUUGCUGAACAAUUUCCUGAAGGAACACGCUUAUAGACUGUCCAAGAUUUCUACUCGUAACUCAAAUAUAACUUCUGUACCCUUGAGGAACUUCCUGGAUCUCAUGUACAUUGGUAACAUCACCGUUGGAUCACCCCCUCAGCAGUUCCGGGUUGUAUUUGACACGGGCUCAUCUGACUUGUGGGUGCCCUCCAUCUUUUGCUCCAGUCCCGUUUGUUAUACACACACUACCUUCAAGUAUCUGGAGUCUUCCACCUACCGGCGUACGAACAAGCCCUUUGACAUCACCUAUGGAUCUGGGAGAGUAAAGGGAUAUCUUGCUUAUGACACCAUUCGGAUUGGGCACCUUGUAAGUACUGGCCAGCCAUUUGGUCUAAGUCUGGAGGAGUAUGGAUUUGACGGGUUACCCUUUGAUGGUGUCUUGGGCUUGAACUACCCCAACAUGUCCAUCAUAAGAGCCAUCCCCAUCUUUGACAACCUGAAGAAACAAGGUGCUGUUCCUGAGCCUGUCUUUGCCUUCUACUUGAGCAAACGCAGGAUGAACAGCAGUGUGUUGAUGUUGGGUGGCGUGGACAAAGCCUACUACAAGGGACAGCUCAACUGGGUACCAUUGUCCCGAGUGGGUGACUGGCGUGUAAACGUGAGCCGCAUCUCCGUGAAAGGAAAGCUUAUUGGUUGUUCUGGUGGCUGUGAGGCCCUUGUGGACACCGGGACAUCACUGAUCCAAGGCCCAACAAGAAUGGUCACUAACAUUCAGAGGCUCAUCGGCGCCACGCCCCAGCACUACGUUUCAUGUUUUACCAUCAAUACCCUGCCCUCUAUUAUCUUCACCAUCAACGGCAUCGACUACCCAGUUGCAGCUCAAGCCUACAUCCUCAAGGAUUCUCAAGGCCGCUGCUUUAUCACCUUUAAAGGAGGCACAGAAAAUUUUUUUAAACGCGCAGAGACCUGGAUCCUGGGUGACGCCUUCCUGAGGCUGUAUUUCUCUGUUUAUGAUCGAGGAAAUGACAGAAUUGGCCUGGCUCGGGCAGCGUAA